GUGCUUCCAUGGCUCCAUGUGACAGAAGGAGGAGGGUGGGAUUCAGUUACCUUAGCCCCUACCUCCCUUCCCAGCUGACUCUGACGCCCUCCAUCUCCUCCUUCCUUGUGACAUAAGCUCUCUUCUUCCUCCUCAGCCUGCAGCUGUCUUUUCCUCCAGCUCCCCUGCCUGUCUCUCUCAUCUCCCUUACUUCACUCACAUCGAUCCCUCUCUUCUGUCUGCAAGGGUCUGUCCCCCUCACUGAUCCCCCUCUAACCUCCCAUUUUUUCUUCUAAUUCCUUCCCCAUCUUCCCCCCUCUGUUUUACACUAUUUAGAGCCUUUUCUCCUCUUCCCAGCUGUCUCUUUCAUUCUCACUCUCAGACCCACUGUGCAACUGUCUCUUCUCCCCCAUGAUGUCUCUUCCCCUCUCUACCAGCUCUCCAAGUCUGUCAUGAGCUCCAAGAAAGGUGAGGACCCCCAAUCUCUGCUCCCCCUGGCCCUACAGAGUCCUGGGUGGGUUAAUAAUUGUAGAAUGGAAGUUGGUUUUAAGGUAGUGAAUCCAUUGUGUAGCUUUCUGCCAACUGCUCAACUUUUAUUACUUAUGAACUAUUUUCCUCCCCGUCUCCAAUAACUCAGCUACCCGUCAGGGUGGCCUGUUUUAUACAACACAUUAUUAGAUAUAGGGGUUUAUUUAAUAAACAGAGAAAUAUUGGUGAAUCGAAAACUGAAUUUCAAAAAAUAAAAAACUAACUUGGUUUAUUCUAUUUGUCAAACGAAGGUUCUUUUUAGUUCAAACUUUUAUCUCUUAUUAUUUAACCAUUUACUCUUUUUUUUUUUGAGUGAUGCAGAAUUUAAUGGAGUUACGUAAACAAACGAUAGUGUAUAACAUUUUUCAAAAUCUGUAAAAUUCAACAUUUGCCUAAAAUUUGUCUUUCAUCACAUUUUACUGUUUAGUAAAUAACCCCAGCUCUGGAUCUCGGCUACACUUUCUUUCCCUAUAUUACCAUAAGCACUUUACGUUUGAAAGACAUAUGAAAUAAUAAUGGUACUAAUGCAAAUGUGCUGUUUUUAUUUGCACUUGUAAUAAUGUAGAAAUAUAGUAUCUAUUUGCUUGUCUUGAUUCAUGGGCUGAUUUCAUCGUUAUCAGUAGCGUUCAUUCAAUCUUGAAUAUGGUGGGUUAAAUCUUGUUGGUUUGACUGUAAAUUAGGGUUUCAGUAAGACACUUUUCUGUCACUUGAGUAGUUUAUGAGAACAUUAAAGGACCACUGACAUACUUGUUUUCCUGGCACUAUAGUGCCCUGAUGGUGCCCCCACCCUCAGGGAUCCCCUCCCGCCGGGCUCUGGGGAGAGGAAGGGGUUAAAAUCUUACCUUUCUCCAGCGCCGGGCGGGGAGCUCUCCUCCUCCUCUCCGCCUAAAUGCGCAUGCGCGGCAGGAGCUGCAUGCGCAUUCAGCCAGUCUCAUAGGAAAGCAUUCAUAAUGCUUUCCUAUGGACGUUUGCGUGCUCUCACUGUGAUUUUCACAGUGAGAAGCACACAAACGCCUCUUGCGGCUGUCAAUGAGACAGCCACUAGAGGCUUUAGAGGCUGGAUUAGCCCAUUUAUAAACAUAGCAGUUUCUCUGAAACUGCUAUGUUUAUAAAAAUAAAAGGGUUAACCCUAGCUGGACCAGGCACCCAGACCACUUCAUUAAGCUGAAGUGGUCUGGGUGCCUAGAGUGGUAUUUUAAGGCGUUAGGAAUACAAACCUGUCCCUAAGUUUGUAGGCCAUCCUCAUCGCGCCAUUCAGUGUAAAAAGAGUUUUUAAAAAAGUGAUUUUACUCCCUCUGCACAGCGUCCUCCCUUUGCACAGCGUUCCUCUUCUCGUUCCGUGGCGCCAUGGAGAAGUCAUGGUCUCCUCUAGUGUGGGUCCAGUCCAUGGCUCAACGUUGAUUUAUUUACUAAACUCUGAAUUGUAGCUAAUUUAAAUGUGAAUGUUAAAUUAUAUAGCAGAGAAUAUUUCCAAAUCCGCUAUUUUAGCCUCCGUUUGCUGUUCAGACUACAUUUUAGAGUUUAGUGAAUAGGAAACAACUCAUUACAUCCCUUUUAGCGUAGCGACUUGUACUGUGUUGCUCACUCAGUGUUGCUGCUAAAAGGGUUAAUGGCGGCCUACUGUUUAAAUACCGCAGAAACAAAGCAGUAUUCAUUUAUGGUUGUGUUGAUAUUUGCCACAUGGCCCUAAUGUGAGGAUUUGUUUUCCAAUGUUUGAACUUGGCAAGCUGGACGUUUUUUACCUGAUGUUUUGUUAUAUUUAGAGCAUUUUAUAUAUAUUUUCAGAUAUUUAGAGCAUAAUUUUCAGUAUUCUGUUGCAUCAGGGGAAAGGUAUCUCUUGCUCCUCUCUUACUCAAAAGCUUAUUCACUAACAUGGGAAUUGUCUUGACUUUCAAUUAGAAGGUAAAAAUAUUUUUGAGAAAUGCCAAUUUAUGUUGAAAACUUUCAUUUUUUCCUUACGACCCUUUGAUUCUUGUUUGUAAAGUCUGGACGUUCGGGGACAUCAUGCACAACAUGAUGUUGCCGAACACUACUUAAGCUUCUCAUAGAGGAACAUUGAACACAAUGGUUUUAACAAAGAAGAAUUGGAUUGACAAUGAUUGCCUUGCAUGCGCCAUGUGUCCUCAAUGAUUCCCUAUGAGAAGCAUCUGAUUGGAGAUAGACCAUCACGAUUAAUGAUCUCGCAGUAUAUGGACUGGGCUCCAGCAAGUAAACUGUAUCAGUGCUCGAUUACUGGUAAGUUUACUUAAUUUUAAUUAAUGAAUUCAUUUUUUUUUUUUAAACAAAGCGGAGCCAGUAAUCUAAGUCUACUAUGUAACACACUAAAAAUGAUUUAUUUAUUUUUAAAGUUAAAGUGUUUUUAUUAACUGACUACAUAGAUGACUUGGAAUUGUUUUGGCUUAAAAUUUUAAAUUCCCUCUGAAUUCCUCCCUCAUCCAAUUUUAGUGAAUAACUCUUCCUGAUUUUGUGUGUGUAUAUAUAUAUAUAUAUAUAUAUAUAAUACACACUGUGGAUUUUUCAGGUGGAAGGGGGUUUCAAUUACCCGUUACCCCGCCCUAACGCUAUAUAUAAUUUAUUAUAUUAUUAUUGAAAAGUAGAAUUUUAUGCACUUUUAUUUUAUAAUAAUCUUUUUCUGUUUCUAGUCUCCAGUAACAGCCAGGGCAAAAAAAGCAAGAAGAAGCAUAGGAGACAGAAGAAAGCAGCAGAUCGCGAGGUAUCCGGGAUUCCAGAAGCUCGCAGCCCUAGUAUAGACAGCCAGACGGGGUGAGUGUGCUGUGCAUGCUCCCAAUGCUACUUAUCUCCUGGCACAAAUAACCGUAAACAGCAGUCUGAUCUCAUCCAACAUGAAUUUGUGUGAUUAAACCCGACCAGAUACAAUAAAAAAAUUUUUUUAUCGGGUGACAAACAGCGCAAUGUCUAGCGCAGGGUUAGGCAACCAUCGGCACCCCAGAUGUUGAAUAGUGUGUUUAUGCCUGUGCGUAUAUAAAUUCUCCAUAUAGGCACAUGUUCUGGGAUGCUGUGUCUCAGUGGGCUGUGGUGAUCCUCAGCCUAUUCGGAAAGCUGUGUGGGAUCCCAACCCCCACAGGCCGGCAGCUGCUGUGUAUUUAUAUCUCUGAUGCUGCUGUUCUAUCUGUGAGCUGUGAAUUCAUCACAGACCCAUUCAGAGAGGCAAGAAUGCAUUACAGACGCACAAUAUGCAUACGUAUAAUCAAUACGUACAUCCAUACACAUAUAGAACUUCAAGACAAUCCAUCACGUGGCACGCAUAUAUAAUGACAAUUUUCGGAUGCACGUGCUGUAACCUUUAAUAAUAUUGUCUAUUGUAUUUUUUUUAUUUUAAAUAAAGCAGCAACAGAUUACACAGGGCUUGAUUAAAAGUAUAAUUUAUUUUUUUUGACAGGCAGACACAGCAAUGAUCUCAAGAGCUUACAAUCUAAAAGUUUAUGGAGUGUCAUGUUUCUAUGGAGGGUGUGUGUCUGGGAAGCUAGGUUAUUCCUAUUUAAGUGAAGGUUGCUAGGUUAAGAAACAGUGUAUAGGACCUGUCUGGUUGGGUCUAUAGACUGUACUGUGCUGGGUUGAGGGAUCUGAUACUUCGUAUACAGUACAUCACACGUUGUUUGAACUAGAGCAUGCUGGUAGGGGAUUGGCUCCGAUAGGCCAGUCUGGUAGCAUAUAGCAAGUGCUAAUGCAAGGAUAGCUCUAAUAUGAUGGGAAUACACAGAGCUGGGUGGUUAUAUAGUGUGCCACUGGGAGACUGGCACCAAUACACUCUGUAUUAAACCUAUUGAUUAUAUACACAGCUGGGUGGUUAUAUAGAGUGUGCCACUGGGAGACUGCCACCAAUACAUUCUGUAUUAAACCUAUUAAUUAUAUACAGAGCUGGGGGGGUUAUACAGAGUGUGCCACUGGGAGACUGGCUCCAAUACACUCUGUAUUAAACCUAUUGAUUAUAUACAGAUCUGGGUGGUUAUACAGAGUGGUGCUGUUCGGAGACUGGCUCUGACAGCCCUGAUGUUUAACCGAUUGUUAGCUGCUACUUAUGUGACAAUCUGCUUCCAUGGAGCACUGUGUCUAACUGAAGAGAGAAUUGUAUGGUAAAGAUACAUGGGAUUUAUAUGAAAAUACUGCAGAUACGGAAUACUGAUACAAGACUGAGAGUGGGGAUUUAUAUUAUAGUUAUGUAGAAACAUAGAAUGUGACGGCAGAUAAGAACCAUUCGGCCCAUCUAGUCUGCCCAAUUUUCUAAAUACUUUCAUUAGUCCCUAGCCUUAUCUUAUAGUUAGGAUAGCCUUAUGCCUAUCCCACGCAUGCUUAAACUCCUUUACUGUGUUAACCUCUACCACUUCAGCUGGAAGGCUAUUCCAUGCAUCCACUACCCUUCUCAGUAAAGUAAUGCUUCCUGAUAUUAUUUUUAAACCUUUGCCACUCUAAUUUAAGACUAUGUCCUCUUGUUGUGGUGUUUUUCUUCUUUUAAAUAUAGUCUCCUCCUUAACUGUGUUGAUUCCCUUUAUGUAUUUAAAUGUUUCUAUCAUAUCCCCCUAGCUAUACAAAUAUGUUGUAUUUUAUUUAGUUUUUGCUGGUCAUACUGUCUGUGUACUUUCCACAAUAUGUAUAAUUAUGUCUGUCUCUAUAUACACUUUAGCUUUUUAGUACAAUUGUAAAUUUUUGUUUACCGUAUAUUGUAAUGCGAUCUUAAAAUUCAUAAAAACACAUGAUGUCAAUAACUAACAAGAGUGAGUGACGUUUUCAGCUUAUCAAAUUCCCUAUCAACUCCACAGGCUUUCGUAAUAUCAUAAAUGGUCACUCCAGAUCCCUAAAGCACUUUUGCUUGCUAAAAAACUUUGUGUGAAGAGUGUGACCUAUUUUUUCAUUUUGUAAAAGGUGCAGAUUUCGAUAAAAAAUGACACUUUUAUAAAUUAGACUGGUUACACCUCCAAGACUUCUCAUUGAGUUGCACUGGGAGGCCUGUGAUUUAACAAUCAGAUAAAGUCUGGGGGGGGGUGUUUAUAUCUCUGAUGUUGCUGUUCUAAAGUUUUUGCAAGCAUUUUUUUAGAUCUAUCUGCUAAACAGUGAUUUUUAUUUAUUUUGUAUUUGGGCAGUGGAGUGUCCCUUUAAACAAGACCAAUAACAUUUUGGAUGUCUCAUCACACAUGGCCAGGAGAAAUAUCUGUAGAAUAUGGGGGUAAUCAUGGCCUCGUUAUGCUGUCAUCCACCUGUAAAACAGUUUUUUUUUUCUUUUUCCUCAGUUUUCCAGAGCCUUGCCUACAGGAUGUGCCUUUAUCUCCAAAACCACCUCCUACACCGCCAACCCCAGUGCUGCCUCCUCCAGGUCUUCUUGGAUCUGACAAUGAGGAGCAAGAGGACCCUGGAGAUUACUGCAAAGGUGAGGAAAGGAGGCCAUAAUGACAUUUCAAAACAAAUGUUGAUUUGAUUGUACCAUAACUUCAAAUGAUAAGAGAAUGACAUAGACAAAUGCUAGAAAAGUAGUUCCAAAUUUGAAGCCUGCAUCCUUACCAACAAGUAAAGUGAUGUUGCUGCUUUGCGUUAUGUUUAGUGAUGUUGAAUGUGAACCCUCCUAUGAAUUUAGACAGUGACUAUUUUUCCCGUGUUCUGGAAGUGAACAGUUAUUGUAGGUUAGUCUGGACAUCGAAUGGCACAGUUGCCCAGCGCUACCUAGAGUCUGCUUUUGGGAAGGUUCCCUUUUGCUUGCACAUUUGUUUUGGCAGUAAUGGCUAAUCUUGGAAACAAAAAUAAUAAUACGUUUUCUGAAUCUCCAUUCCUAGAAACAAAAUCUAUUCCUUUCGAAUGCCCUUACGAAUCAGGGUAUCAGACCAUUUUUAUAUUGACUUCAGAUCAUUUGUAUUUAUAUUUUCUUGCUGGUCUGCUUAGCUGUAUUAGCCACCACUGGACUGAAAGAUAUUGGGGAUGAUUUUCAAGGUAAAAUAGGUGCCAUUCUAAUAAAAUACUAAACUGUUGAGCGACAAUCUAUGGAAUCUCAUAGUGAUUGCUACAGAAUAGCACCUGUUUUUUAAAUGAUAAAUCUCCUCCAAUGUAGUUCUGUGUAUCACUGAGUAAUAUCUUCCAGAAGGUUCUGUUUUGUGGUCCUUGGAACUGAUAGAGGCUUAUGGGAAAUUUUGUCAAUCGGUUGUUAAUUUAAUGUUACGUAUAGAUGCUUAUGGGAGGUGUAGUUCCAAAUCAGCUUAUAUAUAAUUUACAGGGCCAGUGCAAGACUAUUUUGAGCCCUAGACAAGACAAGCUACUUGCACCCUGUAGCGGAGUAGCAAGGGUUAAUCCAAGAGCUCUCCGCUGGUAACCAAGAUUCAGCAUACAGAAGAUAAGAAACACAGCAUAAUCCCUUUCCCCAAGGACUAGACGACACAUAGUCUGGGAGUCAACUGGCUUUUAAUGCACAAGCUCUGCUUUUAUGUGUUUCUCCCAUGCAAGGGAGGCAACUAUCAUAAUUAUUACAUUACCCAAUCACAUAGUCGGUACCUCGCCCACAUCUCCUCCCCUUAGUUUAACAGUUAACCUCAUUAAAAUGUAUAAAUGUUUCUGUAGCCCUGGAGGUCUUAGCGGUGCUUGGUUAGUCGAGUGUCCGAUUUGAGUUCCAGACACUCAACGACCAAACACCGCUAUUCGUGCGUUUUAAGAUGUCCGCCGCCACGUGUUCGGAAUACAAACGGCGGCCACACACGAACCCUAUUUAACAGCAUUUGCAACAUUGUUGCCUUUCGGUAAUGAGGGACACACGAUCCCAUCGGGGUGGUCUCUCAUUUGGUAUUUUCAAUCGUUUCCCGAACAGGACGGUGCAUAUGGUUCGGGAACCGAUUCCCUGGUUGUAUAGCUAACAAUAACAAUACGGCCAUUUCACAAGUCCCGAGCAUAGUUCAUUCGUAUAACGAAAGUCCUUUUUCCAGUCCUUUAGUGGCUAGUUUUGCCACACACCCCCUACCCCUCAACCCACCCAAAGCAAAAAUUGCCAACUUACUAUUUCUCUUUAUGCUUUCUCUUUCUGUAAUAUAUUCCUCAGCAGCAAAGAGACUUGAAAGAGAUUAUGAACAAAAAAUCAAACAUAACUAAUUCUGCCCAGUAACAGGGCAGCCAAUCAGGAUACAGAAACAGUCUAUAAAGUGCCUUCAACUACCCUCCAGCUUCCUCUUCUUUGCUUUCAAGACCGAAGACCAGAUAACUCAGGAAACAGUCGCCACAAAGGAGAACGUCCCCAAAACGACAAUCAGGCUGUGAAAAGAUAGAAAUAUAUGGUAAAAUCCAAACUCCGGAUCUAUAGUAAAUUCAAUAGGAAUACAAUUGCCUCUACAUAUCUGAAAAAUCACAUUGUUAUAUAUAGAUAAAACAUGGUGAUAUCCCAUAACAUAAACCAAACAACCACCACUUACCGUGUGGAGAGACCCCCACCCUAACCAACUAUAUAAGUUCCCAAACCCACCGAGCGGGCGAGUGGGUGGGAAUAAUAUUCACCUCCGUGUCAUUAAUAAAAUUAUGACUUUACGUCAUGUUAGCAGUAAAAUCUUGGAAUGUUAUUAAGGACACGGACGCUCCUAUUAUGCUUGUUCAAAGCGGAGCCACAACCCAAAAAGAAAAAUGGUCAAUCAUACGGAAAUAAAAAUCUUGGAAGGUUGAUUCGUGAGACCAAUCCGCUGCUUUCAAUGUGUCAUCCAAACGACAGCCAAUCCUAGAAGCUUUUGACGCCGUGGCCCCCUCACAGAAUGAGCCGAGAAUAUCGAGGUAUCAACCCUUUCAAUAACCUACAAACGAUUAUGGAGCCAUGCAGACCGCGGUGUCCCGCUAAUAUAGCUGACCGAUAGACAUUAACAGUACGAUAGGCCUUUCCUGAUUCGAAAAGUGACGUAAAAAAUUGCAGUAUUGCAUUUAGAGAAGCAGAAACUGGAUCCAACGACCUUCCGAUGCACCAGCUAGCCCACACGCACCAUGCAAAGUGCUGUCCAAGAGUUUUGCAGCUGCCUGUGGAACAUCUGAGAUUGACCAGGGACACUGAAAAAAACCACACCGAAGUUGGAGUAAGCCCUGGUCUAUAAAUCCGUGUGAGUUCCCAUCCAGAUCCAGAAGUAAGUCCGGCCUCACCGUUACUAGUCGUGGGAAAUCUAACGACAUCUCCAGAAGUCGAGGGAACCACGGUUAAGCUUGCCACAGUGGUACCACUAUCACCAGCAAGCUGUCUUGCCUGCACAGGUACGGCAACGUCCGAGAAAUCAGGUCAAACGGAGGGAAGGCAUAGUGAUGAGCAGUUGGCCACGUCCAUAGGAAGACAUCCACUCCCAGUGCCGCUGGGUCCGGUCGUCAACUGAAGUAUCGGGGCAAUUGGGAGUUCAGUCUUGACGCAAAAAGAUCCACAUCCAGUGGUCCCCACAAUCGAUCCAUCCGCUUGAAGGUCAACCUGAGCAGGUGCCAGUCCCCCGAAUCCAGCAGUUAUCUGGAGUUCCAAUCUGCCCAUGUGUUGUCCAGUCCCGGGAUGUGUUCGGCCGUCACGACACCUCAUUGCGGAGGCAGAAUUGCCAGAAGUCUUUCGCCAGGUUCGCCAACUGUUUGGACUUCGUGCCUCCCAGGUGAUUGAUAUACCGAACUGCAGACACAUUGUCCAUGCGGAGCAGUAUAUAAUAAUUCCCCAUAGUCGGUGAUAGACUGCGAAUGGCGAAGGAACCCGCCAGCCGUUCCAGACAAUUGAUGUGAAGCCCGGACUCAUCCUUGGACCAUCUGCCACCUGUGGAGACGUUCCCACAACGUGCGCCCCAGCCAUGCAAGCUGGCAUCUGAUUCGAUUAUUAUAUCCGGAGCGGUGACGAAUAUCGCUCGACCGUUUCACGCUUCCAUGUGGUCCAGCCACCAUUCCAGUUCCUCUAGUGAUUCCACUUCCAGACUCAGCUUGGAUUCGUCUGAAUGACCUGAGGUGAGAGCCCUUCAGUCGUUGCAGAGCACGGUAGUGCAAGUGCCCCUGGAAAAUAUCCUGUAUUGAUAAGGCCAGUAGUCUAAUCAUUCGCCAAUUGUCGGAUGGAGAUGGAAGAAACCAGGAGCGUGCCUCGGAUCUCCUUUGUGAUGGCCUUCAACUUUGCCUCUGGGAGGAACAAAAACUGGGAGACCGAGUCGACCUUGAAUACCAGAAAUUCUAUCUUCUGCACGGGAUUUACCAUGGAUUUCUCCCAAUUUAUGAGGAACCCCAAAUCCUUGAGCAGACGUACUGUCCACUGUAAAUGACACAGGAUUUGAUCAGGUGAAGAGGACAUGAUCAGGAUGUCAUCCAGGUAGAUUAUCAUCCGAACACCUUGAGCCCUGAGGAACGCUACCAUCGACUUCAUGAUUUUUGUGAAGCAUCAGGGGGCCGAAGACAGUCCGAAGGGUAGAAUGGUAAACCUCUAUCAUCGCCCACGCCAUGUGAAAUGCAACAAGUCCCAGUGUUAAUCUGCCAUGGGAACAGUCAGGUAAGUGUCCUUGAGGUCCAAUUUGACCAUCCAAUCUCAUAGACGUAGAAGAUCCCUGAGGCAGUGAAUCCCUUCCAUUUUGAAAUGCUGAUAGUGGAGGAAGGCUUUGAGGUGUCAGAGGUUUAUAACCGGCCGUACCCCUCCACCCUUUUUGGCCACUAGGAGCAAAUUGCUUUUGAAUCCUGGGGUGUCGUACAGGAUUUCCUGGAUCGCCUGUUUUGUGUGAAAUUCCAAAAUCUCUGCAGAGAUAAUGUUGGCUUGGUCGUCCAGCAGGGCCAGUUUUGGGGCCUAGAAAGGGGGAGAUACCAGAUCAAGGCGAAAACCCGUGACAAUAUGUAAUACCCAUGCAUCUGUGAUGAUCAUGCCCUAAGUUGUUAUAAACAAAGCUACUCUUCCCCCCAUGCUUAAUAGGGGGGCUCUUUUGCACUGUAAUGUGUCAUCUUGGACCGCCAUAGGCAAAUCAGUCGGGGCAGGUGCAACCUGAGUCAGUGGGAGAGGGGAUGUAUGCUUGGACUUAGCACGUGCCUUACGAGCCACGUUGGCUGUCAAUUCAGUUUGGGUGGUGAGUAAAAAUGGCGAGUCUUGGGGUUGCAGAAGAGCUUGCGCCAGCGUAUGGGAGAGGAAAGAGUACACAGUCCCCAUCGCUGAGGCCAGGGCCCUCUGAAUGGAGCCGGCCAUGAGGUUAGCAGGGGCUAAAAGGGGGUCCAUGUGGGAAUAAUUAUGGCUACCAGCCCCUUCCCCACGUGCCUGCAUAUUAAGGGGCAGCAAAAACCCAAGGGAGAGCUAGUAGGAUAAAAAUAUCAGGUCCCAGAAAGUAGGCCCAAGCCUAAGGUAAAUUAGCUCAGGGAGGGAGUGUUGGACACAAACCCCAAGAAACAGUGAUAUGGGCAAACUACCUAACUGCACUAGAUUACAGGGGUUGAGUAACCUAAGCCAAAACAAAAUACCUGUGGAAGCAAAACAAACAAACAGAAAGGGAGUAGGGCCAGUGCCUUCGUAGGUGCCGCAGCAGCGAGGAUUAACAGGCCACAGGGGAGAACACCCUUGCGCGCUUCAGGAAAAGUGCGCCGAAGGGGACACAAGCUCUGCUCCCCGUAAUGGCCGGCAAGCGCGGGAAACAUACACACCGCUUGCACCGCUGGAUGCGAAAACAGGCGGACCGGUGGUACGAGGGGUAGGCACCUGUGGCUUGCUAAAAAUGUAGCACAGGCAGGGAACCACAGCCAGAGAGCAAGGCAGAAAAUAACACCUACAGUAUGAAGAAACAAAAUGGAAAAACACUGUAGAAAACAAACACAAUUCAAGUCAUAGGGAGAUAGUGAAGUUAUAGUGAAGCUGGUCUGAGGAGCAGCAAAGAAAGAGGAAGCUGGAGGGUAGUUGAAGGCACUUUAUAGACUGUUCCUGUAUCCUGAUUGGCUGCCUUGUUACUAGGCAGAGUUGAUUAUGUUUGAUUUUUUUUCUUCAUAUUCUCUUUCAAGUUACUUUUCUCUUUGCUGCUGAGGAAUAUAUUAAAGAAAGAGAAAGCAUAAUAGGAGCCUCCGUGUCAUUAACAAAAUCAACUUGCAGUAAGCCUCCAAAUGAUAAAUGCUAAUUGAUGACCCCUUCGUUGUUGUUAUUGCUUUUAAACCAAGAUGUCAUAGAAAUAGAGGUCCCCAAGUCCCUCUCCCACUUCUGCAUAUACGGUAUAUACAGAACAUCUGAUGAGUUAUUAAAAGCAUUAUAGAAACAGAGAGGGGGUUAAGCUUUAGGCCCUUAUUCAUGCACAUGCGUCCUAGAGGAGGAGCAACCAGGUUUUCUAUACAUUAGAUAUAUCUUACUUUACCUUUGUUGUAAUUAUACCCCACUCCCCUUAGAAUGUGAUCUCAAUUGAGCGAAAAUCAUCGCCACCAGUUUUCUUGUACAUCCGACUUGGCUUCUUGCAACUACUUGUUUGUUAGUCCAGCUAAUAAUGGUAUGGUCCAAACUCCCUCAUCAUAUUAACUGCAAAGACAAAAAUGUUUUGGAAGGAAGGAGCUGGCAUGACAGGAUACAUUUUAAUUUAGCUGGGGUUACAUAAUAGGAUGGAGAACUGUCAAAUAAAAAAAAAAAAGUUGUUUAAAGUACUAAAAGUUGAGCAGUCAACAUGGAAAUCAUGGAAAUCAGUAGAACCAGCAGGCACAUUCCAUUGGUGCAAACACAAAAUGAAGCUUUGCGUUCAAACUCCCACUACUCCUGGGCGGCUGUGUACCUGUUGUUACAGACCACCUACAUCCCUUCAUGGACAAAGAUCUCAAGAUGUUGCCUUUGCAUAAAUUCCCAAGAUUUCAAUCCGAUUGAGCAUCUGUGUGAUGUGCUGGAACAACAAAUACGAUCCGUGAAGGUCCCACUUCGCAACUUGCAGUACUUAAGGAUCUGAUGCUAAUGUCUUGGUGCCAGAUACCACAGGACAUGUUCAGAGGUCUUGUGGAAACCUUGCCUCGACUCAUCAGAGCUGUUUUGGAAACACAUUGGGGACCUACACUAUAUUAGACAUGUGGUUUUAGUGUUGUAACUGAUCAGUGUAUAUAGGACAAAAGCAAAAAAAAAAAGUUACCGGCACACUAUCCCAAAUCCCAAUGUACAUUUAAAUAACAUGCCAUUAAAGUGCAAGCUCGCCUGCCCGGUCUGGGCAAACUUCUUAGGUGAGUCCCUCACUAAGAAUUCACUAAGCUACUUAAAGCCAAAAGGCAACAUCUGUAAUCACAGAAAGGCGUAUUUUUUAUGAACCACUACACUUUACCCUUAAUAAGGUACAUGGGGGCACACCUCCUCUUUUAAAUUUUUGCAUCACUUUUGAGGACAGAGCACUUUGAUGAAUCUUUCCCAUAUUGUGCACAGGAAAGGCAGCCCCUCCAACCACAAGCUACAAGUAGGAAACUGUUCACCCUUCAUAAUAUGACAUCCGAGAACUAUCUUGAUAAAUGAUUUUCCUAAGCUCUUGUUCUGAAUUGGUUAAAAGACGGUCAAGGAGAGAUGACCAGGUAGAACAGAAGGGAGCAUAAGAAGCUAAUCUCGGAUGAGAGAAAACUAUUUCUCACUAGUCUGUGGGCAAACUGUGCCACAAAGAUAACUGCAGCAUUAACAUGAACAAAUAUCACAUGCUCCACCAGCAAAAAUCCAUACCCACAGGUCACAGUGGUAUAUAAUGGGCACAGAUAGAUAUGCAUGGAAAGGCCAGUGCCUGAACCCUGUAGAUAGCCCCUCAAGAGAAUUCCAAGGGAGUCACCCUUCAAGAUGUCAUAUCUUGAGUGUCUCGGAAGUAAUAAAGGCACAACACCCUCAUGAUAAAACUACAUAAAGAACAUUAGAGCGAGACUCAAAAUGUUAUGUAUGGUGACCCAUUACUAAAAAGAUAGGAAGAAAUAAACCACUGAGGUAGGGAGGGGGGACACAUUUGAUAAACUAUGUAUUGUGUCUUACUGCAGAUAUCACAUAAAUUCCAGGAAGAUGCAUUCAAUCUAAAUAAAAUACAGUUUAAAGGAACACUAUUGUCACCUUAAUUACUUUAGCUAAAUAAAGCAGUUUUAGUGUAUAGAUCAUUCCCUUGCAAUUUCACUGCUCAAUUCACUGUCAUUUAGGAGUUAAAUCACUUUGUUUCUGUUUAUGCAGCCCUAGCCACACCUCCCCUCACUAUGAUUGACAGAGCCUGCAUGAAAAAAAACCUAGUUUCACUUUCAAACAGAUGUAAUUUACCUUAAAUAAUUGUAUCUCAAUCUUUAAAUGGAACUUUAAUCACAUACAGGAGGCUCUUGCAGGGUCUAGCAAGCUAUUAACAUAGCAGGGGAUAAGAAAAUCUUAAUUAAACAGAACUUGCAAUAAAGAAAGCCUAAAUAGGGCUCUCUUUACAGGAAGUGUUUAUGGAAGGCUGUGCAAGUCACAUGCAGGGAGGUGUGACUAGGGUUCAUAAACAAAGGGAUUUAACUCCUAAAUGGCAGAGGAUUGAGCAGUGAGGCUGCAGGGGCAUGUUCUAUACACCGAAACUGCUUCAUUAAGCUAAAGUUGUCCAGGUGACUAUAGUGUCCCUUUAAGAUCUGGAAGUUAAAACCUAUUUAAGAGCCAAUCUGACUUUUAAUUUUUUGGCGGCCAGUUAAAGGCAUGUAUAGAGUUCUAUAAAUAAUUCUCCUAAAAGAUGCCAGUCGCCCUAUUUUUAGAAGCCACGUUUGGCCGGAUCCUAAGAUUUACCAAGCUCUGCAGUAGGGGUUAUGUUAUUGCUGAUUGAUUUUGGGCACCUGUCUUGCAGGCCACAUAAUACAGACUCACUUAAAAUCUCACGACAAACUGUGACAUUCACCGAACCGGAACAGUAGAUCCUCCGAUGACAAAACAAAUUUGUAUUAUUUGCCAUAACAGACCUUUGCGCAAGUCAGUUAUUUGCACUCUUUAAUGCUGAAGUUAAAAAGGCAGGAGGGCAAUAUUUUGUAACAAGUUAUAUCAUGGGUAUUGUAUUAUACUGUAUCUUUACUAUUAGAAUUUAAACCUGAAAUAAGUUUAAAUCUCAUAUUUGUGGUGCAGUUGGGAGUAGGGGAUUAUUCUCUAAAUAUUGCGCAAACUGGAACAGGGUACACCAGCCCCUGAAUACACAAUAGUAAUAUUAUGUAACAAAAAAUUAGCAAGAUAGUCUUGAGCUAGGAUUUAGAAUAAGUAAAUAUAUACCACAAAAUAUAAUAUUGGAUAAAUAAUAGAUUAUAGGAGAUAACAUCAAUUGCAACAAUAAGAUGACAUAUCUACAUAUAUAUUUAAAUAUAGUAGGGAAAACUGGCAAAACAUGCAAACCAACUUCAAAAUAAAUGUCUCAAAUAGCAAUGCCUAAAAAAUAUGUUAUUCUGUUAUAGUCUCGCAACGGGGCAAUUAUCCCUCCACACCCAGAAACAAUUGUGCCUUGCUCUCCCCUGCUAGCCGUGCUGGGUGCCUUCAAGGACCGGAGGGGAGAUCAGUAAUCUCCCUUACCAGUCUGCAGGCUCUUUACUAGCAGGGGAGGGAGAGAGGGCCCAGAAGCUCAGCUUGCAGCUCCUCUGGGUCCUCCUCUAACGAGCACAGAGUGUUACUGCGGUUACCACUGCAAUGCUACGGUUCUCGCAAGAGUGAACUCUAGCCUCAGGCUAGAGUUCACUCUCACCAUUCGGACCACCAGGGAUUGCAGGAAAUAUCCCCCCUUCCCUAGGCAAAGGUAAAAUAUUUAUUUUAAUUUAAAAAAAAUAAUAUAUAUAUAUUUUUUUUCUGCUCCUCAACCCACUGCCCCCAAUACACAGACACACUGCACCCCUCACACACACUGUCCCAAAUAAACACACAGCACUGCCCCAAUACAUACACAAACACACUACCCCCAAUACACACACCCUGCACCCCUCACAUACACACUGCCAACAAUACACACAUUGCCCCCAUACACACACACUACACAUACUGCACCCAUCAUACACACUGCACACGAAUACACACACACUGCACCAGAAUACACACACACUGCCUUCCAAUACACACAAACUGCCCCCAAUACACACACUGUGUGCCUAUACACACACACUGCACUCCUCCUACCCCAUACACAUACUGCACCCCUCACACACACUGCACCCCUAUACACACACACACACACACACACUGCAACCCUCACACACACACUACUGCCCCUAUUCCCUACUAGUGUCCCUAUUCCCUGGGAAGGCACCAUGGCACUCCUGGCACCAUAACCACUACAGAGAGCUGUAGUGGUUAUUGUGCUUGGAUUGUUUCCUUAAAUAAUCUACCAGUGCCCCUCCCGAGAUUAGGUUCUUGAUCCGCCCCUUAUUCCACAUUACUUUUUUUGUUCGUGCUACUGUUCUCCAGGUUUACUCCUCCUUAUCUUUGCUUUUGUUCUAUUUCCCAGGAGGCUAUUACCCAGUAAAAAUUGGAGAUCUCUUUAAUGGCCGAUACCAUGUUGUACGGAAGCUGGGCUGGGGCCACUUCUCCACAGUCUGGCUCUGCUGGGACCUACAGUGAGUAAAAUAGUUUUUUUCAGUUUUUUCGGACUUGGACUCUUAUUUGAAGGGUAAAUGUUGAGGAAAAAUAUCAUAUCUUAUUAUGAUUUAAGUUCUAUUUAUAUUAAAACACUUGUAUACGUCAGGUAAAAAUGUAUCUUAAAGCUGUUGACAUUCCUAGUUUUAUUUACAUUACUUUUUAAUAUUUUAUAUAUAAAAUGCAAAAUAUAUGCAAGAACAAUAGUGUAAUGGAUCCCCUAUUCUCCGGCAGAGUAUAUCCGUUAGUAGUCUCCCGAAUCCCAAGUGCUGCAGUGAUUAGAGCUCUCCAAUCCCCCAAACAUGAGCCCAGAUACGAAUGUGUUCAAUGGGAGACCCACACGACUUUUUAUGUAACUCCCCACGCAAUGGGUUUCCUUAAACAUAUUCCAGGGGCAUUCCCUGCUGGACCUGAGAGGAGACUAGUUACAAGCAAACAUUCCACACACUCCUCCCCUGUGCCUGAGAGAUAAUUACCUGAGCACACAAGCAUAUAAUUAAAUUAUCUCUCAGGUACAAAAAUAUACAAUAUAACAAACCCCCAAAAAUACCCCUGCGACAAAUUCCCCUUCUCACGUUUGCCACGAGCUCCUGGAGGAGCCUGCUUGCCAGCUUCCUGCCCACAGACUAUGGGCUCUGUAUUAUACACUGAAAAAGUAUUCGUUUGUGUAUUUUGACUAUAUAGUUCAGGAACUGAACAGCCGCAAGAACCCGAGACCUGGGAGCUUGUUAAGCCUAAUUACUACUUUGUAGCAAUUUCCACUGCAGUGUUCUAAGUGUUCGUUUGGGUGGCCGCAUUUCCUAUGGACGAUCACAAGGUGGCGGCCAUCUUGUUUGCAGCGGUGGUUGGUCGCUGAGUUCAUGAAACUGAAAACGGACACAGAAACUCCCGAACACCGCUGGACUUCCAGCAUCUCCUGCGUUCGGUUCAUAAACACUUAGGAAGACACUUUUCUGGGGAAACAUUCCCACGAACAAGGUGAACAAGCUCCAGGGUAAGAAUAUAGGCUAUUUUCGGUAGUUUUCCUCGGUUUCAAACUACCGAACUAAACCGACUGCUAUCCUUGAUCUUAUGGAGCUGUUUUGUGCGGUUGGUCAAAUUAGGACUUAGAGGAAGUUUCCGAACCCCUGAACCAAUCUGGGUGAAUUUUGGAUAUGUUGGUGACCCAGAUAGGGACUAUCAGGGGAUGUAACUUUUAUGGUUUAUUUUGUGUAUUUUAAGGUACUUUUGGGAUGUUUGUGAAAUGUGUGUUUUUUGUGCCUGGAGAUAAUUGAGUUUUGUACAGUUCCUGACUCAAUUAUCUCCCAGGCAUAGGGGAGGGAUUAUCCUGUUUUCUGUGGGAGUGUCAUGGGCGUGCUUGUCUGUGUUCAGAAAUGUAUAAAAGCAGGCCAUCUGGCCAGAUUAAAGGCAUUCCAGCUUGUACUCCAAGAACUAGGUGUCGUCUGGUUUCUGGGAGGGCUAAUCGCGAAUAACUGUUCCAGUGUGGAGAAUUCAACGGGGAAAGUCCCAGGACUGAGUGUCGUCCAGUGCCUGGGGGUGGAUAGAGAGAGUUCCCCAUUCGGCUCUAGGAGGAAGCAGUUCCAGGACCCCAGUCAAGCCAAGGCGACUGUGGGCAGAAGUGCUGCGGUUUGUCCCUUGUUCCAGUUAGGAAGCGGUCCUUGGUGGAAGUACCCAGCCAGAGGUACAGGGAGCUCCGUUACAAACCCCCUAAAAACACACGAAAAACCCACAAAUGUCACAUCCCCUGAUAGCCCCGAUCUGGGUGAUAAACAUAUCAAAAAAUCACCCAGAUCGGUUCAGGGGUUUGGAUUUUCAUGGAAGUCAAUUAUUUGGUCCUAUGCCCAAAACAGUUCCAGGAAAUCAGGGCCAAUGUUCGGUCUCUUUCGGGAGCACAAAAGUACAAAAAACAUGAAUGGAAUCCUUAAGUUACUUGUGCAGCCUGUUCUCAUUGUUUGUGGGAACGUUUCCACCAAAUAGUGCCUUUCUAAGUGGGGUAGAACCGAACGCAAGCGAUGAUGGAAGUCCAGCGGUGUUCGGGAGUUUCUGUGUCCAAUUUUAGUUCAAUGAGAUUUAUGCCCAAACACCGCUGCCUGCGUUUGCGGGAACAAGAUGGCCGCCACCUCUUUGUCAUUCAUACGAAAUGCGGCCACACAGACGAACACUUAGAACACUGUGGUGGAAAUUUCUACAAAGUAUCAAUUGGGCUUAACAAGCACCCGGGUGGUUUGUGCAGCUGUUCGGUUCCUGAACAAUAUAAGCCAAAUUGCACAAUCCUAGGCCCAUAAUCCUGGGGCAGGAGACUGGCUAGCAGACUCCUCCCGGAGCCCUUGACGACGUUCGGUUCGUCACAUAUAGAUUAAUCAUAAAAAAGAUACUCGCAUUUGAAGUUCUAGCAUUCCCUGCCUUUUUCAACUCCUAAACUCUACCUGUGACUUUGACAAUCAUGAUCCUCUCACACCUUUCUAUAGCAGUGCUGAGCUUAUUUCAUAGAGGCCUGUAUGCCAGGGGUUAAUGGGCACAACAUCGAUUUCUGGGAGCUGUAGGUCAGUUGUCAACUUUCUAUGCAGAAAUGCUAAACUUCAGCUCUCAAAAACUGCUUCAGUGCGAGUAUCUCAGCAAGAUACUUGUACGGGAUUCAAAAUAUUCUCUUGUGUUAAAAAUAAACACAGUAUAUAGGCUGACGGUGUUGAGCUAACCCCCUCCCCCCCAGCACUCUUAGUCUUUCGGUUUGAAUGUUAUUACACGCUCAGAUUGAAUGUUAUUACACUUGGUAAUGCAUAGUUGUAGAUUCUGCAUUGUCAGGGUGACUGAGAAGGGGCCAGUCAUUGAGUGUCGGGAGAGCCCUGAAUUUUUACAAACCUUUCCGAAACAGUGAAACCAAAAACAAGGAAUGGUAUCCAGAGACCUAUAGAUAGGGUUACACUGUGGUUAGUGUGCUCAGAUCCCUCCUCUAGCCCUCUCUUGGUAUCCUUUUUAAUCUACAACAGGACUUAACGUAAGUUCUUAGAACUUUUGUUGCAUUAUAUCUCCUUAUAUUUCCUAUAUUUUAGCUCUAAAUAUUUGUGUACGUAAUAUCCUAUGGGUCUGCCGUCUGCGUUCUAAAUCAUACCCCUGAUUGUGGUCCUGUAGACAAGAUUUAAUCUGGCUCCAUUUCAUUUGACUUUGCCAAUGCGUUCAUUAACUUCUUGGUCACCUGACUUCUUUAAAUAUUACAAUGAAGCUCGCCUCGGGCACUGCUCAAGAAAGAAUUCACUCCCAAAUAUAGCAAAAGAUGUAUUGCACAUUUGAGCAUACACACAGUGACUACAUUAACUCUUUCUAUAACAGCCCGUUGGAUUGGGUAAUCUAUAUAUUUCAUGGUGGCAAAAAAGUAAUAAAUAGAAUGUUUCUGCUUUUACACUUACAAUGUACACAACUCUUUUUUUCUUACACAAAAUUGUGCUAUGCUAGUAGAUUCCCCCUGAUUGUCUCUCUGUUUUAUUUCCUCUGUCUGGCAAAUGUCCGAUAUGUUAUCUUCAUCGUUUCUCUUAUGUCCGUUGUUUGCAGAAGAAAACGUUUUGUGGCUCUAAAGGUUGUGAAGAGUGCUUUGCAUUAUACGGAGACAGCCGUGGAUGAGAUUAAACUGCUCAAAUGUGUAAGUCCCAGUGAAUCAAGACAUCACGUCCCUAGCUUGGCUAAUGAUCCUUAGCUGACCUGACUUGCUCUUUGCUACCUAAGUACUGAGUCAAAUAUGGUUAUGUUUCUACAUUAACGAGACUUAAAUGAUCUCCUUUUAUAGGUCAGGGACAGUGACCCAAGUGACCCGAAGCGGGAGAUGAUCGUGCAACUCAUCGAUGAUUUCAAGAUAUCUGGUGUGAAUGGUGUUCGUAUCCUUUAGAAAAGGGAGAGUGAUUACGUGGAUAAAUAUAUACUGAAUAUCUAGAAGAACAGUGUAUGAGCUAAACAACCAGGAAGUAACAGGACCAGUUGUCUGAUUGAAACAAGUUUCUAUUGAAAACAGCACUUUUUGUAAAAAGAGGACCCACUCUUCACACAUAAAGCACUUCAACAAGCUAAAGUGCUUUAAGGGUCUGGAGUGUCCCUUUAACUAUUACAAGAUUGGGUGAAGCGUUUUGUGAAUUAGGGAACGGUGCUAGGGAAAGGCUUGCUCCUCUCAGGUUUUCUCCUUAACUCGUCCAGAUGUCUGUAUGGUAUUGGAGGUCCUGGGACAUCAACUACUUAAGUGGAUUAUCAAGUCCAACUAUGAAGGCCUUCCUCUUCUUUGUGUCAAGAGCAUCCUGCGACAGGUAAGCCCUGCUUUAUAUGCAUGUGUAUUGUAUCAAGAGCUGAUAGGGUAACUAUGGAAUGCCAUGAAUAUCUACUUAUAGCUUUGUUGUUGUGGGAUUAUUAUACCACCUUUCUUUUAAAUAAGUCUUAUAUGAUAGCCUAUCCUGUAUUAAGCCACUAAGAACUCACCUGUGCUUAAGCAGGGACACAAAGAAAUUCUGGCUUGUUUGAGGUUCACGAGGACGGGUUUUAGAUGUAUGUCUUAUUUUAAACAAUGUAGCAUUGUUAUAAGGGAUGGUGAAAAAAACUAUUGCUUUACCAUGAUGUAUUCUUGUUUCUGUGUAUGUGAAGUACCAUCGAUAUCUCCAUUAGUAUACUUUGCUACAUAAUUACAACUAUGUAUUGUGUAUUCAGUGUAUUAAUACAUCCACUUGGCGUGGUGGGACUGUCUUCUUGUAACUUCCUACCAAUAUUUAUCUGGUUGUAUGGGAAUCCAUUAUGUUGUGAUUUGCUUUCAGGUUUUGCAAGGCCUGGAUUAUUUGCACAGCAAGUGUAAAAUCAUCCAUACCGACAUCAAGCCGGAGAACAUCCUGAUGUGCGUGGACGAAGGGUACAUCCGACGGAUUGCUGCCGAGGCCACCAUCUGGCAACAGUCAGGAGAACCUCCUCCGUCUGGCUCUGCUAGUGAGUUUACUGCACUGUUGUUCACACAGCUGUGUCCAUCAACUGCACCUUUUAUCUUGCUCUGCUAUUCUAGCUCAGUGUACCUUGCACCAUGUUCUCUUCUCCAAGUUCUAGUCACACAAUGGAGUGUUUAUACUAAAGGUUAAAAAAAGAGUAUUACCUAACUAUACCACUUCCAUGUUUGCCAUAUCUCAUUGGUUGUUGGCAUUAUUCACAGAAUGCUUUUCCACGUUUUACUCUGUAGCUGAAAUAAAUUUUGAUUGGAAGUGAAAUUUUAGCUGAUAGACUAAUUACAUGAUGUAGUCUCUUUACAAAGGGCGUAGUUGCUAUGAUGUUCGAGGUAACAAAGUAGAAAUAUACAUGCAGUAUUGGCAUACAAUGACUUAAAAUUGGAAGAAAUACACAGAUAUCAAUGGAAUUUAACAAAAAAAACUGCCUACAAAAAACCCCCCAAAACACGUGACCUGGGUGGCCCCCGAGUGCUGUUUUUAAAUAUACACAAGUAUAGGCCUUUUUUUAUUUGUUUGUUUUAUUAAAAUUUAAUUCAAUGUUUUUGGGGGAGUGGUUUAAAGUAACAGACCUUAAUAUUACACAGGUUGCCAAUACAUGUUGAGUUUUAACAACCAGAGUCCAGUUGUAUUCUAAAGGAGGUAAAAUGUGCAAAUCCAAUCAUCUUGUAUAACUUAAUAACUAGAAACCAUUGUUAAUUGUGUGAUGGAAAACCUCCUGGAGUUUCUUGACUCCAGCAGAAUUUCCUAAACUUCCGAGCUCCAGUAAAAGCACAUUUUACUUGCUAAAGUGCUAAGAUAUAUUGAUGAUUAAUUCAGCUUUUAUAUGAUAAUUCCAUAAAACUUAGGCCAACAAAUGUACUGAGCUCCAUUCUACGGAACAGAUGUUAUAAAAGAUAACACUACAUGGCUUGUGUCCCUCCCCUCCCCCCUUUUUUUAUAUAAAUGUCUUAAAGUAAACCAUUGGAAAUAAUAGUAUAGUUGGCCAUCUUGAGCAUAGAACAUUAACAGAUCUAGUAAAGUAGCCCAAAUCCUCAUACUUUGGUAAACGAAAUCCAUUGUGUAACAAGCACCAGGGAUCAUGAUGGCUCUGUCACAUCAUCUCCAACAUGACUUGUUUCAUCUCAGCUGUAAGUGUGCAUGAAUUGUGUCAUGUGGUGGCAUGACAAUGGUGAGAGAUCUGAGUCUUUUUCUUAAAUCCUUUUCUCUUCUCUUCUCCUGUCCUGUGCGCUGGGUGUAAUCAGUCAGCUCCGCUCCACCCUCACACCACAAUCUGGUAAGUCCUGCAGGCUUUCCCUCAAUUGGGAAUUUGGUGAGUUUUGUCCGAGGCUGGGAUAACGUUUCUUAGAUGACCAAGAAGUUCAUUAAUAAAAUGAAAUGUCCUGUUUAACUGUGGCUCUUAUCUCUUUGUAUUUUUUUUAAUAAUAUGUUUCAUUUGAUCAAAUUAUAUUUAUUAUAUAAAACAUAUGACAUACAAACAAAUGGACCAUGUGGCUUGUUUUUAAGAGACCACACACUGAAAUGGUUUAAUCUACCGUAUAUGGCAGGGGUAGACAACCUUCAGCACUCCAGAUGUGGACUACAUGUCCCAUAAUGCUCUUGCAGCCAUAAUACUGGCAAAGCAUCACGGGAGAUGUAGUGUAUAACAGCUGGAGUUGCAAGGGUUGCUUACCCCUGGUAUAUGGUAUGAUCGCGGUUUGGAAGAACAUAUCCAUGUUACAUACACAAAUAACAUAGUGGCAAAGUAUUGUAUUGGUCGAUUAGACGUUUUCUCAGCCUGUGACAAAACAUACAGCAAGUGUGUCUUCUACUUUCUUGCAUGUGUUGUUUGUGUGACCCUCUAUAGUUACAUUGCAGAGGUUUCUCUUAUGUUUGUUCUUCUGUUCCAUAACGUCCGUAUAUUUCAAGGGGCUACCAAAGGCCACUUUUAUUUGUGGAUCUUGUGGGGGGAGAGGUAUGUGUGUUGGGCAGGGUUUAGAUGAUAUGAUAGGUGACUGCCAGUUUGUUCUGCAACUGUGUAUAACAAGAUGAAGAUACUAUAGUUACAAACACCAAUUUCUAAACAUGUUAUAUAGUUAAAAUCUAUGUCACUGUAAGUGUUCUUAUAUAUGUAUCAUUUUUAUUGCUAUGGAGCUCCAUAAUACAGUCAUGCACACUAAAUAUAAUAGCCAGUUUUAUUGCUGUGGAGCUCCUAUUACAGCCGUACACACUAAACAUACCAGUCAGUUUUAUUGCUGUGGAGCUCCUAUUAUAGUCGUACAAACUAAACAUAGCAGUCAGUUUAAUUGCUGUGGAGCUCUUAUUACAGUCGUACACACUAAAUAUAGAAGUCAGUUUUAUUGCUGUGGAGCUUUUGAUACAGUCGUAUACACUAACCAUAACAGUUAGUUUAAUUGUUGAGGAUCUCCUGAUACAUUCGUACACACUAAACACACCAGUUAAAUUGCUGUGAAGUGCUGUGGAGCUGUCAGGGUGGCAGUCCGGUGCCCGGGACCCAGACACUGUCCGGGCGGCGGUGCAAGGACCGGGACCCAGUAUGCCUGAUGAUAAGUAGGAGUCACAGUAUGGAGGGGGAUUGGCAGGGUCUGGUGCAGGGUAACCGCACGCCCCCUGGUGUUGAGCACCAGCGUUUGUGCAGCCACAUACCAGAACCCUGAUGCAGCUUCAGCGGAUCCCAGAACUAGGAGCUUGGAAAUAAGCAGACAUCCAAGGAGCUGAAUAUGGAGGCUCUGCAGCAAGAAUGUAUCCAGUACUGAAACAAGGCAAGACUAGAGAUAGACACCAAACAUGGAAGUCAGAACUAAUAGAACCCAGAACUGGAGAAGGAUAGGAAGCUAAACCCAGAACAUGUACACAAGACAUGAGGGAAACAUGAACAUAACAUGGGCAUGACUGGACAGGACUGUACAUGGACUGGGAAUACAAAAUAAAACAAGACAAGAAAAGAUAGGCAAAACAAGAGGAGACAUAACUAAGCACUAUAUAUGAAAAUCAUGGGGAUUUAGUCACAUUAUAUGAUCAUACAUUGAAUAAGCCUGCCAACAACGCCAAUGUACCCCAUAUCUGGCAGGUCCUACACUGCCUAAUGUAUGCUAAAACAACCAGAGACGACAUAUAUAGCACUUACCUGCAAGAAAGGGCAGAAGCCUUGAGCAGCUGCCUGCAGGACACUGAAACAAAAGGAAUGAUGGAAAACAAACGGGUGUGGCAACAUAAAACAAACAUUUAAAUGAAUCCAAGAGACUGGGAAAUCCAGGGAAGGAAUAUAAGGAAUGAACCCAGAAAUCCCGGCAUAAAGAAAACCAGACAUAGAAUAGAAAACCAAAACAACCGAGAAAAACUAAACAAGAAUUGUAAAAAGAGUACGGGAUACCAGAAGCCAUUGCCAGAAUGAUCCGCAGCAUGGAACAGGAUAUGACAGGAGCUCUAUGGUACAGUCAUACACACUACUCCACACGACAGCCAGUUUUAUUGCUAUGGAAGAGUCACUCAUACACACUUAAUUUUCUAGCCCCUAAGAGAAAGGGAAAUCGAUUUUUGUCUCUUAAUUGAACACUUGAAAUAUUGGUAAUCCUGUCAUCAGGUAUUAUUGUCUUGUGUUGAGUAAAAUGUGCAGUGAAAUAAACAGUUUUUUGGGUUUGUAUUUCUGUAGUGUAUUGAGUAGCAAAAAACAAUGUUGGUUGUUCUUUUUAUAUUGUUUUUUUCCCCUCGUUAUUCUGAAAACAAAGAAUGAUGUUCUCACUUUCCGGUUUACCAAGAAUAUUAUUUAAACAUGAUAUUUUUUAUCAUAUUUCAGACCAUUGUGAUGCUAACUAAUGUAUAAAGAGUAUCCAUUAAUGUAGAAAUAGCUUGUUGAUUAGCAAACACAUUGGCCACAGGAACAAAAGUGUGCUGUUCGCCAUUAGCGCUCAAUUUUCUGCAGGGAAUACAUUUUUACAUUUUCAAACAACUUUAUUAAACAAUGAAAGUGCAUACAAAACAAAAUGCUUACAGUGAGUAUGGUUUCAACAUACAAUAAAAUGCAUGGUCAAUAUAGAUUUCUGUAAUCCAUUGAUAACCCCUGUAAGGGAAAUGCCUAACUGGAUAUAGUAGAUUGGAAGUAAAAUUUGGGCUCCACCUUUAGCAUGGGAUUUAUAAUAUAAAGUAUUGUUGUAAAGAUAACACAUUAUAGAACAUUGUAGCCGUAUAUCAGUAGGUUGUACAUUGUUUCUAUAUAUGGUAGAAAAAUUAACUUGGAAUGAGUGUUAAGGCAUGUGGAUCAGGAAGGAUAGAGAAGGUAAAUCUCUCUAUACCAAAGCAGGAAUCUAAAAUAAUUUUGAGAGGUGCAGGAAACUAAAAAGCUAUAUUUUUCGGUCGCUCUAGUGUUUGUAUCUGUCCUAAUGUUCUUGGCUCCCUGUUGUCCUCCAUCAGAAUGGGAAGGUUUCUAAGAAUAAGAAGAAGAAGAUGAAACGUCAGCAGAAACGUCAACAGAAGUUGCUAGAAGAACGACUUAGAGACAUUCACAGCAUGGAGGACCUGGGAGGGCUGGAAGAAGAGUCUAAUGCAUCCUACCUUAACCACAACCAGAUAAACCAUGACUUAACUGGCAAGUCUGAAGGUGAGUAGCUAGGAGACACAUAUUAAUGCAGCCAGUUGGAUAGAUCUUACCGUACCAUCUAGAUUCUAUGUAUGUAGAAUGUAUACAAGAAAUGGAAAAUUUUAUCUCCUUACCCAAAUGCAUAUUCAUUCUUGCUUUAUCAAACCGUGUAUUAUAGAACUAUAUGAAACAAGAGAAGAACCCAUGACUAACUGGGUUGAUAAGUUAUUCUGUGACAUUACAAUAAUUUGCUAAAGUAGAAAAUAGGUCUAGGCACUCAGUGAAAGUGCUAUCUGUGCUAUUUAUAGCAAAUCCUACAGUAGAAAAGUUUCUGAGUGAGCCAAAUUUAUCUCCUACAAAUAAUUUGGUUAAUGUCAUUCUAAACAUACUAUAGAAAUGACCAUAAUGUGCAAGCACUUAUUCAAGCCUAAACUGCAGUUCCAUUGAUAUUGAUAUCAUCCGUUGAUGAUGCCAUACCUGGUUAUGCCAGAUAUCCACAGACAUAAUGUUCAGAGUAUCACAAGUAGACACAGUGUAACAGCCUAGCUCUAAUGAUUCACAUGCAAGGAAUGCUAAAUUGUAGAUAUUACUGCAGACAAGAGGCAUUUAGAUCCCACUGCCAGGAUUAUAUCUGCUAAAGGGAAUCCUCAAAAGACAUGUUGGCUCUCUGCUUUCCUUUAGGCACCUCUCAGCUUGCUACUCAACCUGUACCCUCCACGUCUGGUGAUCGAGAGGGUGCAGACUCUUCUUUUGGAAGUGGAGGAACCACAUGCCUUGCUCAGAGCCCCCAAUCAUCAGGCAUGUAUGAGAACUGCAAUGGGUACAGUGUUUGUCCUCGCGGUGUCAGUCCUGACACUCACACCUCAGGCUUUUCCAGCUCUGCUUUUUCCGCAACAUCGGGCUCUGCCAUAUCUGGAUACUCCACGGGCCGAGAAAGAGGAGGCCUUCUUUCUCCAGGCUGUAAGUGUAACUUGAACUAUUGUUUAUGUGUGUUUGUGUAUAAGCAGGUCUGUUUGGUCUAAACAUCUUAUAAAUUCAGAGGAAAUCCAGUCAUCCAUGGCAACGCUACGUUUUAAAGGUUAUGCUAGAAGCAGUUGUGGGAACAUGCUGCUAUAUGGAGCAUUGCUUGCGUGUGAUCAGUUGACUGCUGUAAUGAAUGAUUGAUUGGGAGAUUUUCGCUGAGAUUCCAUGCUGAUUCCCGUUAUGUCUAAACAUAUCCCUUAUAUGAAAAUUUCCAUCUGUUGAUGAUCAUGCAGAUUUUUUUUUCUUCUUCUUUUUAACCUAAAAAAACCUAAUUAUAUAUAUAUAAAUAAAUCAUGGCUGUCUGAAGUGAUUUUACCUGACCCAAGGCUUGCAUAAAACUCUCCAAUUUCCUGUAUUACCAAUUUAUGAUGAGUGUAUUCAUAGACUAUAAAUCUAUUCACCCCAUGAAAUAGUUUGACAUCAUAUACCAAAUAUCAUAUAUCGUACUAUUUUAAAAAUCGCCAUCACCCUUAAAGGAACACUUAUUGUACAGUUUAUUGUAGUGGAUGUUGUGCUAGGAUGCUAAGUGUCAUGCAGAGAGAGUAGACUUGUGGGCCGGUAUCUCAAACUUGUUGCUGAAAUUCAACUCCCAUGAUUCCUUGACAAUAUAUUGCAUUCAAAGAAUUCUGGUUGUUGGUCAUUGGCAUCUGGGGGGUGUGGGGGUAGUGUGGGGUGGCUGAGGUUGAGUUCCCUGCUUCGGGGUAAUCAUCUGCUAUAUGCUGAAUGCUUGAAAACAGUUUGACAGAAAAAAAACCAAUAACAGCAAUCGUACAAUAAACUGUAGGUAUAAUAGUGCUUGGAGUGUCUUAGUGCGGUUGUAUGACAAAAUGUCAAACUGUUUUAGCAAGGUUUGACAACAUAAUGGUUUCCCGCUGGGUGCCUGCUCCACAUAUUCUGCAAACCAGAUGUCACUUUAGAGUAAAAGGGAACAAUGAAGGACCACAGUCAUUGGCUGAAGGCAAUCAGCUGAUUCUCUUAUUGACUGCGAUCCUGCUUUGUUCCAAAGAGACAUCUAGCUUCUCGUGCUGGUGAAAACCAACAGGACACAGGUAAGUUAUUAAACUGUGAUAAAAUGCUUUGAGAUCUUACUGUGGGAUGGCACCAGGGCAUCCCAGGCAACAUAACCAUUACAGCGGGCUGUAGUGGUUAUGGUGCUUGGAAUGUCCCUUUAAUAUAUUAUGUUGUUAAGUUUUUGUGAACUAUUUAAAUUAUAUACAGUUAUUAAGUGAAUUAUGAUUACUGCUUCUGUAAUCACAAUUUACCCCAAUUUAAAAUAUGUUCCCAUCUGUCUCUUGCUGCAGUCUCUUUCAGAUCUGCAGAUUUCCUAGUUAAUCCCCUGGAUCCACAAAACGCAGACAAAAUUGAAGUCAAGAUUGCCGACUUGGGGAACGCAUGCUGGGUGGUGAGUGCUUGUGAUUGAUCUAUUACCCAAAGUCAGCAUUGUUUGAGAUUUCCUGCUGAAAUUAAAUUAUUAGGAAGUCCAAGGGUCGCAGGAACUCAAAGAUACCCGGUGGAGAAUUACAUGUGGUCUGUUAAUUGAUUUGGUGUGAAGGUGACUGUAGGUAAAUACUGUCAUGGUCUUACCUUGUGUGGAGUUCGAAAUGCAGAGAUGUUUGCUCACCCUUGCAGAUAAACACAACCCAGGGUAACCAGGUAAGAAGCUACAUAGGCUCUGAAUUUGUGCAGGAGGGCUUGGCAGGAACAAUAACCGGGUACGAGGAAACAGACCAGGGCAAAUCCAGGAGAGUAGUCAGGCAAGAUUCCAAUGGUCAGGGCAGGCAGCAAACAGGCAAUAAUGAAGAUCCAGAGGCAGUGGUCACAAGCCAAGUCAGUCUUAAAGGACCACUAUAGUGCCAGGAAAACAUACUCGUUUUCCUGGCACUAUAGUGCCCUGAGGGUGCCCCCACCCUCAGGGUCCCCCUCCCGCCCGGCUCUGGAAGGGGGAAAGGGGUUAAAACUUACCUUUUUCCAGCGCUGGGCGGAGAGCUCUCCUCCUCCGAUCCUCCUCUUCUCCUCCCCGUCAGCUGAAUGCGCACGCGCGGCAAGAGCUGCGCGCGCAUUCAGCCGGUCACAUAGGAAAGCAUUCAUAAUGCUUUCCUAUGGACGCUUGCGUACUCUCACUGUGAAAAUCACAGUGAGAAGCACGCAAGCGCCUCUAGCGGCUGUCAAUGAGACAGCCACUAGAGGAAAUAGGGGAAGGAUUAACCCAUUCAUAAACAUAGCAGUUUCUCUGAAACUGCUAUGUUUAUGAAAAAAUGGGUUAACCCUAGCUGGACCUAGCACCCAGACCACUUCAUUUAGCUGAAGUGGUCUGGGUGCCUAGAGUGGUCCUUUAAGAAACAGGAUCCAUUGAACUGACACUGCCAUCAGGGAGAUGCAUUGUCAUAUAGUUGGAUAACAAGCAGCCAAUUUGCAAGAUGCCACAGGUGGACUUAAAGAGACAAGUAGUAAUAAAAUGAGAAGUCUAGCCCCGUAGUGCUGCAGGCAAGACCAGGUAAACAGGUCUAGAACCGUAAGUUCAGAAGAGGCUUAGAGACAGGAGAGCAGGCUUAGGAUACAGAAGGGCCCAGGACUAAUUCCCCUGUAAGGCACCUGUGGGGUAGCCACGCCUAGUCGCCUGGAUGGCACGGGGAGAACUGUGACAAAUACAUGUUGAUGGACUGUGGCGCUAAAGGAUUAAAAACAAAUGUGCUCUCAUACUGAUUUAUAAAUAAGGUCCAAUUUAUAGCAUGUUCCUUUUUAAUAUUUUUGUUUAUUGAAGCCUAGGUCUCAUAAACAAAGACAAACAUGGUAAAUGGCUUUUUAAGAGAGUGGAUAUUCUGGGGUUAAAUAAGAAAAGAAAGAAUAAUGUAGGACCCUAAACAUGCAUUAACCCGGGAAGUUACAAUCCAUUUUUAUGAAGAUAUCACUAUUUUUAAUACAUUCCUAGAAAGAAAAACAUGUCCCUGCUUUAUGUAAUUUUUGGCAUAACCACAGAAUUUAGUGUCGUGACUCUUUGCAGAUCCCUAACACUGGAUAAUUCACUUUCUAUUUCUUCCUUGUUUUUCAGCACAAACAUUUCACUGAAGACAUUCAGACAAGACAAUAUCGAGCCUUAGAGGUUUUAAUAGGAGCUGGUUAUGGAACACCUGCAGAUAUAUGGAGUACUGCAUGUAUGGUAUGACUCAAGGGGAGGGAGAUUACACAGCGGUGUCAUGUUAAUGUCAUGCCUGGUUACAAAAUGGUGAAUUCUCACUGGUUGCCUUGUUCUGCAGGCUUUUGAACUGGUGACGGGAGAUUACCUGUUUGAGCCGCACUCAGGGGAAGAUUAUACACGUGAUGAAGGUAAAGAAACAAUACAGACAUUUAACAUAACAUUUUCCUCCAAUCUGUCAGUUGAGGAAUUUGUAGUACAAAUAAUAUACAUUUAACAAACUGCAGAAUCUCAAUUUGGCAUUAGUCUGAUUGACUCUGAUAAUGCCACCUUGUAGAUGGAGCAAAUAGGCAUGUUCACAAAGUAGAUAAAAACAAAGGGGGAGGUGCAAAAAAUACAGUAAGGUUAGGGUAAAUAAAAUGAUAUGAACUCACACUUUAUAGGAGCUUAGGUGCAGCUCCAACUUAGAUGCUUGGGCGUAAUAAUCCCCGCCUUGGGAUAUGGUGGAGUAUAAACUCUAUCGGAGGUUCUUGUGGAUGCAGUUUCUCUUGCAGAUAUAUAGGAGAAAUCAGACCUAUAUAGUGCAACAUGCCAGACUCAAUAUUAAAAUUUAUGAUCCCCACUUUAGGAUAUAGGCGCUGGUGGUCUCUCUUCGAUCAUAUAAAUAAAAGAGAAAAUAAAACCACAAUAUUGUAGACUGUAAAAAGUGAUGAAAUGAAAUGGAUAAAAACUACUCACAUUUGAUAGAGCACGUGAGUAAAAUAUCACCGCUUCACAGACAGAAGUCUGUUUACUUACCCCAUAUAUUUAACAAAAAUUCCUGAUAUUGUUGGUGGAAGGGUAGGGGGCAGUGUUAGCUGAGUCUCGUUUAUGGCUGUCUGUCUGGGUUAGUGGUAGGCAUGUGUAGGCCUAAAGACUGAAGGAGGGCUGGUACUCAGGCCAGAGAGGUAAUUUUGUGUGCUGUCCCACCUUGCGUUACUACGAGGUACCUUGGGGGCAUCCAGUGGUAUUCUAUCCCAGCUGCUCUCAGUUGGCUGGUGACAGGGUGUAGUGACUGUCGCCACUGCGCUGCAGGAUAUUGAUAGAAUGUAAGAUGAGAGCCUUCAGAUAGAUAUGGCAUCUAGCCUCUCAGGGCCAUCAGCAGGGCUCUCUUAUCGUGAGCCAGCGAACAAUGACAUCUCGAGCCGCGGGAGCCCCACCAGAUCCCGAAGGGCGGUAUGUCCCAUCCAGUGAAAAUGUCUUUGCUUGGUUUGGUGGCAAGACUGAGGCCACGAGGUGAAAGAAAUAGUGCGGUAGUUCUUCAGGUGUAACUGCCUCAGGUAUGCCCCGUAUCUUGAGGUGAUUGCGGCGGGAUCUGUCAUCUGGUGCUGUGUAGUGAAUAGAUAGGGCAACUUGGGCAGCCUGCAGUUGAUGCACUGAGUCCUGUAGUGUGGACAGUCCCUGUUUAAGGCCAACAAUGUCCUCUUCUGAGGUCUGCAUUCUGUCGGGGAUUACUUGCAUGUCGGCUUUAAUGAUCGCAACAUCCCUAGCCAGGAGAUUCUUGAUUCUGCUUGGUGACAGGGUCUGACCCUCCUUGUGGUUGCUCCGGUCCUGGCAUCUGCCGGGUAGGGUCUGAUUGUGAGGAUUCCGGCUGGGCCCCCGAAGCUGCAUGGGUGUCAGGCGGCGCCAUUUUGGUCGGAGGCUGCCACUGGAGUAGGGCCCCGAUAUCCCUCGAACCUGUUGACAGUUCAGGUGUGGGAUGCUGGUUCUUCCUUCCCAUGUCGAGCUGGGGUGCCGGCCGGGACGUGCUGGAUGCUGCCCCCAGGAUUGGGCCUCCUACUGGGAUCAGGUCGCUGAGCACGGUUGCCAAAUCGAGGCCCAGAGGUGGGUGGUAGGUCCCAGAUCUGCGUUUCUGCCACUUCAGCUUAGGAGUGUGUAGAAAUGGCAUAGGUCGUUGCUGUCUGGUUCUCUGGUGUGGAGUCGAGCUUUUAGCUCCAGGAUGCUUAAUGUAGGCCCCCAAAUAACAAGCUUUAGAAUGAGAUUUGGUACAGAGAAAUGUGAAAGAGGGAUGCGCUUCACCCCCACAAUGUCACUAUUGAUACAUUUUAAAAAUAUAUAUUUUGAAACAGCAAUGUCCUACUUGUACUUAUAGCCCUAUAACUUUAAAAAAAAAAAAAUAGAUUUUGGGGGUCAAAGUUAGAAAAGGUGUGUUUUUUUAAAAAAUAAAUCAUACUUUAUAAUUGUUUUUAUAUUAAAUCAUAUGAUAUAAUGAAAAUAAUGGUAUCUUUAGAAAGACCCUUCAAUGGCGGGGAAACCAGUAUAUGAGUGGGUACAGUGAAUGAGUAAGAGGAAAAUUACAGCUAAACGCAAACACCGCAGAAAUGUAAAAACAGCCCUGAUCCUUAAACGACCACUAUAGUGCCAGGAAAACAAACUCGUUUUCCUGGCACUAUAGUGUUAUUAGGUCCCCCUCCCGCGGGGCUCAAGAGGGGUUAAAACACUCACCUUUCUCCAAAGCCCUCGGGAACUCUCCCUCUUCCGACGUCAUCCGCCGCAUGCAUGCAUUCAUUCAGUCCAUAGGAAAGCAUUUCUAAAUGCUUUCCUAUGGACGGCAGCGUAUUCUCACUGUGAAAAUCACAGUGAGAAGCACGGAAGCGCCUCUACCGGCUGUCAAUGAGACAGCCACUAGAGGUUGGAUUAACCCUAAUAUAAACAUAGCAGUUUCUCUGAAACUGCUAUGUUUACAGCUGCAGGGUUAACCCUAGAUGGACCUGGCAUCCAGACCUCUUAAUUGAGCUGAAGUGGUCUGGGUGCCUAGAGUGGUCCUUUAAUGGUAAGAAAAUGGAAAAACGCUCUGGUCACUAAGGGGUUAAGGUGUGAAAAAUAUGUAGAAAUCCACACCUCUCUAUCUUGUUAUAUGUUUUGUCCAUCAGCAUAGAAAAAGCAUACAGAGAAAAAGAGAAAUUAAACAAUAUUUCUAUUUCUCCUCUACAUUUGCAUUGAGUGCCCAGGCUGUGCCUACAGUGGACAGGAUGGUGAGGUCAUUUGCUAAAUCUUUAAUAUAAAUUUAAAAGAAAACAAAGCAUCAUGUGUAAAAAAAAAAGAUAAGCUAUAUCUGAUUUUUCCGUGUUUUAUACAGCUGUCUAAUUCCCAUAGAAGUGACAUUUCCUAUUUACAUAUAUAGCCAUAGAACAACCUAGACUUGUGUGAGUGUAUUGAUGUAAUUUUCAGUUCCACGAACAAUGCGGAUUAAUUAAUAAACAAUGGAGAUCAUCUAAUUUGUUGAACAAAUUAAAACCCAUGAGCUGAAAGAGUGACUCAAGUACUUCUGUCCUAGAUCACAUUGCACACAUCAUUGAGCUUCUUGGGGAUAUCCCUCCACAUUUUGCACUGUCGGGACGUUACUCCAGAGAGUACUUCACAAGAAGAGGUGAGUGUGUCAUGGCUGGAGGAUGCUGGGUAAUCUAAUGCAAAGAAGUACCAGAUCAGCUAUUGGCAAACUAUACAUUUGACACCAUUUUUUCUACAACCUAAUAUCUUAUCAAUAGCCUCAAUCUGUGAUCACUGUCUGGACACACAUCACUUUUAGAUGCUAUUCAGUAAUAGUUGAUUUUAUUUUUGGUACGUGACUAGUUUUUUAUAGAAUACUAGAAUAUAAAGAAAAACCCAAACAUUUUCUUUGUAGAAGUUUGUUUGGUUUGACCAUUUCGCUACCUGAAUUCCUUAAAAUCCAUUCUGAAAAGAAACUUGAAUAUUUAGAAUUUUUUACUACGAUGUUGAUCAGUGGACUAUAUUUUUGUGUUCUAUUAUUGUCCCUUUUGAUAUCUUGUAUCAAUGAAUCAUUAACGAUCUUAGUUUUGGCCCCUUUCUUCCUUACAAUCAAGAAAUGCCUAUUACUAUUAAAUUCUGUAAAGCUCCCUUUACAAAGACAACAAUCUCAAACAAACCAGUAGAGGAGCACAUCCAUUAUAUAUAUGCACAAGUAUAUUGGGUGCCAGAUUUAUCCUGCAUCCCCCCAAAUGCACUUAUACAAAAUCUAUUUACUGAUGUAGAGAUGUUCACUACAAAUGCUACAAAAUACUACACAAAACCAACAACAUAAUGUAAUGCUUUGGUAAGCCCGUUUGUCUUGGUUCCUUAAGAAAUGCUAAGAUACUGCUGGGUAAAGUAAAAUGACUUCAGUUAUUGAGAAGAAAAAAACAAACAAAAAAGCUUAUAUAGUCUUCCUGAGUUCUCUAAAGUUCUUAAAGUCAAGGGAAUGCUGAACUCAAGAAGAGUGUACUUGGGAGCCCUGUGGAUGUGGGUCCGCCUCCCACCAGAAACAAUAUAAAAGGACAGAGGUCAACAGUAGUGAUGUCCCGAACGGUUCGCCGCGGAUGGCGAACAUAAACAUAAACUUUGACCCUGUACCUCACAGUCAGCAGACAUAUUCCAGCCAAUCAGCAGCAGACCCUCCCUCCCAGUCCCUCCCACCUCCUGGACAGCAUCCAUUUUACAUUCAUUGUGAAGCUGCAUUCUUGGUGAGCUGUCCAGAAGAUGGGAGGGUCUGCUGCUGAUUGGCUAGAAUGUGUCUGCUGACUGUGAGGUACAGGGUCAGAGUUUAUUUUUAUGUUCGCCAUCCACGGCGAACCGUUCGGGACAUCACUAGUCAACAGGCGUCACACCGUAGGUUUAAGGCACAAAUAUUUAUUGAGGUUCAAAAAAGGACUACAAAAAAAUACAUACAUUUCGGCCAUGAGGCCUUAAUCUUGUCUACACUGCCGAAAUGUAUCUAUUUUCUCUUUUUUGAUCCUCAAAUAUUUUUGCCUUCAACCUACAAAGUUCUUAUUUUUUUUGUUUUCCCUAUACUGGCUUGUAAAGUUGUCUUUAUUGUACCCACUUCCUGUUCUUCAGGUGAACUAAGGCACAUACAGAACCUAAAGCACUGGGGACUCUUCGAAGUUCUGGUGGAGAAAUACGAGUGGUCACUGGAAGAAGCUACUCAGUUUUCAGACUUUCUGCUUCCCAUGUUGGAAUUCCUUCCAGAAAAGAGAGCCACAGCCUCACAGUGCCUCCAGCACCCGUGGCUUAACUCCUAAACCAAGCUGUGAAUGUCCCUGACCACAGCCGAGUACAUACGGACAGAAUAUUGAGGAACAUAUUCCACAAAGGGGGCACCCACUAUGUUAAGACUUGGACAUGGCUCCAGGUGUACAGGAAAAGGUCAUAAUAAGUAUUCUGGAUUGUUAAAUAUUUGCAAUAGUUAAUCUACCAGCUAUCAGCUGCAGAGCAUCCAGAGCAGAAAGGAAAGUCACCAUUACUAGUACAGAUAUAUGACAAAGGCUGCUUUAAUUUAGUCUUCCACUAAUUAAACUGGAGCAAGAACGCAACAGCUUGCUGAACGACUGGAUGAAAACAUAUCUACAGGAGUUCAGAUGAAGUUUUUUUUUUUUUUAUAUAACCCAGUUUUUAUGUUGAAAGACUGCUAAUCGGAUGUGACAGAUGUUUUUAUACAACGUAAAUGCAAAAGCCAAAACGGGAUGUGGCUUUAAAAGGACAAUCCACCGAGGGAUAAAAUAGCUGUACUUUUCAGUAAGUAAUUUUUUUCCUGUAAAGCACUCUGUGCACCUCAAAGUAUCAGGUGUAACGAGAUCCAGCAGCUCUUUCUUGCUGCUGAUGUAAGGAGUCACUUGCUUGGCAACAAAGACGUGUACGAUUAGUCAUUUUGCAGUGACUUGCCACAGUCUGUAAAGUGCAAUAUACACAGGAAGAAAUGUUAUUAAUGACAGAAGUAUGUGUAUGAGAGGUAGAUUCACAGAUACAACAGUCAGAAAUACAACUUUUUUUAUAUAGCUGUAGCUUGUUAUGAGAAAUGAGGUUUGUGGUGUGACUGUUAGGAAAAUGAAGAAUUCCAAACUUUGUUAUGCCACAACAAGCUCUGCCCGUCAGUUGGCCCCAAACAGGAACAGUACAGGAGUUAAAUAUGAUACAGGAUUUAUAAGUAAGUUAGAUACAAGAGUGGGUACAAGAAAAUGUAAAAACCUAAAAAAAUUACAUCGUAAAGCACCCAGGUUUAUUAGGGCUUCUUGGCAAAUCUUGUUUACUGGGAUUUAUUUUCAAAAUUUUUUUAGUGAAUUUAAACAUUUCUGUAUAAAUUACUGGUUUGCAAAAAAACUUUGCAACACAUCUAUAGUCACAGCUUGACUCUUGCCUAAUUUUUGCAAUUCAGUUAUCAAUUCAGUACAGUGCCAUGUUUAGGGAAUAAACCCCAUUUAGCUUGGAGGAAAGACGAGACAGGGGGGAUAUGAUAGAAACAUUUAAAUAUAUAAAGGGAAUCAACACAGUAAGGAGGAGACUAUAUUUAAAAGAAGAAAAACUACCACAACAAGAGGACAUAGUCUUAAAUUAGAGGGACAAAGGUUUAAAAAUAAUAUCAGGAAGUAUUACUUUACUGAGAGGGUAGUGGAUGCAUGGAAUAGCCUUCCAGCUGAAGUGGUAGAGGUUAACACAGGAAAGGAGUUUAAGCAUGCAUGGGAUAGGCAUAAGGCUAUCCUAACUAUAAGAUAAGGCUAGGGACUAAUGAAAGUAUUUAGAAAAUUGGGCAGACUAGAUGGGCCGAAUGGUUCUUAUCUGCCGUCACAUUCUAUGUUUCUAUGUUUCAUUGCCACCCUUCCUCACAAAUCACCAUGUACUCCUGCCUGCUGAACCCUUUCCAUUACCAUCCAUGUAACAUACUUUUCAUCACAUGAACAUCCAAGAAUUAACAGAACUGGAGAAACUUUCAGUUGAAAAACAGAAAACAAAUGAAAAAUGGCACUCUUUCUUUCUUUGUGUGGAGGAAUAAAAAAAGGAGAAUAAGUUUGGUUUUUGAGGGGGGGCGGGGGGAAGGGAGAUGACAGAUGUAAUAAAUUACAUUUUGCUGAAUUUUAUUGGAAAUUAUCAGAAAUCUGCAUUCUUGAAAAACAAUUUAUCAAUUGUCAACCGAAAUCUAUUUGACGGAUUGCCUCCCUCCCACUUUGGGUUUUAUGGUACAUUAAUGUUAACAGUACCGUCCACUGUUCCGCAAGUACAAGGUUGUGGUAUUCCUAUAGAGGCUGUAAUACUCUUGAUGGAUGGGUACACACAAAAAUAAAAAGUCCCUGUUUGCACAAAUUUCUCAUAAGUAUAAUACAAUAUUUUCUCAAAUUCCAUCUUGUUUUAACUCCAAACUGAAUUUUAGAACACACCAGUUCUCAAAGCAGUACUCAAAGAUCAACACACGGCAAUAAUCAGUUGUGGGAGGUCAGUGAUAUUUGAACAAUUAGUGGUCGAGAAAAGAAAAAGCCACGGAGCAAGCCAACAUUCUGCAACCUCCACGUUCCCAUCUUCUCAAAAAAUAAUUGUAUACCUAUUCCCAAUGAACUGCGUGUAGUCCUAAAACAUGUGCCAUUGUCCUCAUCCUAAACACACAGGCACUCAUUAAAAACACAAACAUAAUUUUAACUUCUUCCUGUUACUCAUCAAAGGGCAGACUGUUAUUUUUAAGUUAAUGCGUUUUUCUAUAUAUUUAUUCAGGAUAUAAAAUGUUAUUUACUAACACUAAAAUGGAAACCGAAUUGUAAAGUUUAGGCAAAAGAUGCUCAUUUUGAAAAAUUGAGCAAGUCAUCUAUAGUCACAGUUUAGCGAUUUUAGACUACAUUUUGCAAUUUGGUUUUCAAUUCACUGUUUAGUGAAUAAAAAUAAAUGAAUCUUUAUCUUCCAAGAUGGUUGCAGUGUAUUUGUGCAGCAAUAGUUAUUGAAAUAAAUAAAUUCAUAGUAUUAUGCAGAUACGUUAAUAUCAGGGAUGGCCAAAGUAUAGAUACCCAGCUGAUGUAGAAACUAUGGCUGGCAAAGCAUCAUGGGCUUCCUCAGCUGAGAAUCUACUUUGUGGAUAUGCCCCUGUAGUAAGUAAUCUGCAUGAUGAUCGAUAUAAACGUCAUAACAAGUGGCGUCAUCACAAGCAGUAUCACUGCCGUACGCAAGGACGUCACACGUUCAGUUGAUUAUGACAAAUAAGCUAAGACAUAAUCAGAAGGACAUUUGAUUAUUGACGUAUGUGAAAGUUGCAGCCCGAAUUGUGUUAGUGUGUGUCUGAGUGCUGCAGGUAUCUGUCUAUGAAACAGAACUCUGUGUUACCUUGUUUGGAAUGUGCGUAUAUUGUCAUUAAACGGAUAUAAAGAAGAACAUUUGCAAUUCAUGUAGUUUUCAUUUAUAAAAGGAAUGAAUGUCCGCUUUCUGGGAAGGAUUAAAGAGACAAUGUAUUGGAUAUUGGAGUGAAUAAUUUUAUUUACUUCCACAAAGAAAAAUUGCCUGGUAACAUCAAACGGUAUUGAAUGAAUAAGUAUAUUUCUCUGCGGUGGAUCAAAUCUCACAGACAACGGACUUGGGCCAAAGUUUAAACACUGACGCAGCGAUUUAGUUUCAGUUCAUUGUAACUCUGUUUAGUAUGUAAACCCCCCCCCCUUACAUAACUGUGACGAUUAUAUACUAGUGCCGAUAAAUACUCCAGUAAAGCACACUUACAUUCAGUAGAAGAGAUCUCUGGGCACUGACCUGGCUUUGUACAAAACAUGCAAACAAGCAAAAUGAAAGCAAGGGCCCCAAGUAUUCACCUAAUUAAAUGUUACUUUAAGCUUUCAAUAUGCCAGAGAAUUCUGCAACAAACAAUAGUAAUUUGCAAAAGCAAAGUCAUGGUUAUUCAGAGGGGUGUGGAGUUUAUAUUCCCCAUUCACUACUUGGGGCACAAUUGCCCAGAAAUGCGGAAUCUGACAGUAAAAGGCAGCAAGACAAAUGACAAAGAUGGACGUUCUGGCUCAUAUUCCUCGCUACUAGGCUAGGCAUACUUUAGCCAUGUAGUUUGUGAUUUUUUCUCCUCCUGUACCACUUGCUUCCUGAAAAGUAUGGGAAAGGAAAUUACUCAUUAACAAUCUGUGAAAAAAAGGCACCAACUCCUUCACCAGAACAAUAAGCCUUGGGAUUACUCACUUUUCAGACUGUUACUGCACGGCCAUCCUUGAUAAUAAUUUGCCUGCAGAUUGACUGCACUACUUCAGUGGUAGUGCCUUGACCCCCAAUAUCAGGCGUGUGCAUCUGUAAAUGAAAAAAAAAAACCUGCCACUUGUGUAACUGAGUA